GCCGAGGCUUCUGGGUAGGUCGCCCAACCCCUCCUCUCAGUUAAAGGCUCUGCUGCUGCUGUGGCGCGGCCCCUGCCAGGAUGGCUGCCCUAGCUGUAAACAAGCCCGGAGCCGGAGUAGACAGUGGGCGGCAGGGCAGCCGGGGGACGGCUGUGGUGAAGGUUCUGGAGUGUGGGGUUUGUGAAGAUGUCUUCUCUUUGCAAGGAGAUAAAGUUCCUCGCCUCCUUCUUUGUGGCCACACAGUCUGUCAUGACUGUCUGACUCGCUUGCCUCUGCAUGGAAGAGCAAUACGUUGCCCGUUUGAUCGACAAGUAACAGACCUAGGAGAUUCAGGUGUCUGGGGGUUGAAAAAAAACUUUGCUUUACUGGAGCUUUUAGAGCGAUUACAAAAUGGACAUAUUGGUCAGUAUGGAUCUGCCGAGGAAGCCAUUGGGAUAUCUGGAGAGAGCAUCAUCCGCUGUGAUGAAGAUGAAGCUCACGUUGCAUCUGUAUAUUGCACUGUGUGUGCAACUCACUUGUGCUCAGAGUGUUCUCAAGUUACUCAUUCUACAAAGACUUUAGCAAAGCAUAGGCGAGUGCCUCUAGCUGAUAAACCUCAUGAGAAAACCAUGUGCUCUCAGCACCAGGUGCAUGCCAUUGAGUUUGUUUGCUUGGAAGAAGGUUGUCAAACUAGCCCGCUCAUGUGCUGUGUCUGCAAAGAAUAUGGAAAACACCAAGGUCACAAGCAUUCAGUCCUGGAACCAGAAGCUAACCAGAUCCGAGCAUCAAUUUUAGAUAUGGCUCACUGCAUACGGACCUUCACUGAAGAAAUCUCAGAUUAUUCCAGAAAAUUAGUUGGAAUUGUUCAGCACAUUGAAGGAGGCGAACAAAUAGUGGAGGAUGGGAUUGGAAUGGCUCACACAGAACAUGUCCCAGGUACUGCAGAGAAUGCCCGAUCAUGUGUCCGAGCUUAUUUUUCUGAUUUACAUGAAACUCUUUGUCGUCAAGAAGAAAUGGCUCUGAGUGUUGUUGAUGCUCAUGUUCGAGAAAAGCUGAUUUGGCUCAGGCAGCAACAAGAGGAUAUGACUAUUCUCUUGUCCCAGGUUUCAACAGCCUGUCUCCAUUGUGAAAAGACUUUGCAGCAGGAUGAUUGCAGAGUUGUCUUGGCAAAACAAGAGAUUACAAGAUUAUUAGAAACACUGCAGAAACAGCAGCAGCAGUUUACAGAGGUUGCAGAUCACAUUCAGUUGGAUGCCAGUAUCCCAGUAACUUUUACAAAGGACAACAGAGUUCAUAUUGGACCCAAAAUGGAAAUCAGAGUAGUUACAUUAGGAUUAGAUGGUGCUGGAAAAACUACUAUUUUAUUCAAGUUAAAACAAGAUGAGUUCAUGCAACCUAUUCCAACAAUUGGUUUUAAUGUGGAAACUGUGGAAUACAAAAAUCUAAAAUUUACCAUUUGGGAUGUGGGUGGAAAGCACAAAUUAAGACCAUUGUGGAAACAUUAUUACCUCAAUACACAAGCUGUUGUAUUUGUUGUUGACAGCAGUCACAGAGACAGAGUUAGUGAAGCACACAGUGAACUUGCAAAGCUGCUAACAGAGAAAGAACUCCGAGAUGCCUUGCUCCUGAUUUUUGCUAACAAACAGGAUGUUGCUGGAGCACUGUCAGUAGAAGAAAUCACUGAACUUCUUAGUCUCCAUAAACUGUGCUGUGGUAGGAGCUGGUAUAUCCAGGGUUGUGAUGCUCGAAGUGGUAUGGGGCUCUACGAAGGGUUGGACUGGCUCUCCCGGCAACUUGUGGCUGCUGGAGUGUUGGAUGUUGCUUGAUUCUAAUGCAGCCGUUGUUUCAAGCUUAUGGUUAAAAGUUACUCUGCAUGUAAUGUAUCCUAAGAAACUGUACAUCUCAAAUAUGAUAGUUAAUGUAGGAUGUGUAUAUAAGAAUCCUGGACUGAGAACUAAAUAUGACAUUGCUUUUAAAAAUUAUUCUGUGGCAAUUUUAAAUGACCAUAUUACAUUGGUUAAAUAGAAAUUUCUUGGAAAUAGACUUUUAAAGGAUACAUUAGGUACUGGAUAUUUUCAGUUUGUAUAUGACCUGUAUAUUGGGGAGGAAUAGUCACAGAACGAGUAAGUAAAGGUUCUUUAUUUCAGUCAAAACAAAACAAAACAAAACAGCCAGUGGAGUGCCUAACAGAACCUAGGGAAGUAUGGCUUCUUUAUCCCACCUUUUUAUUCAGUUUUGGUAGUAGACAUGGCAGUUGUGUACUAGAAUUGAACUAUAUUGCGGGAAAUAAGAUUGCUUUACAUUCAGUAUACCAGUAUCAUUAAUGCUGGGGAGUAUAAACUAUAGAAAUCAGUGUUUUCUACGUUUUACCAGAACUCUCUCCUAAAGCAUUUUGCAUAACGCACAGUGAGAAUGAGAUAUUAUCUAAGUGGACCUGAUCACUAGACCAGUACUAAACCAAGAACAAUAAAACUGUGAAAGUUGUUUGAUCUUCACUAAUGAGAACCAUUUCCUGGAUCGGGCCUAGGUUUAUUUCCUAGGUCACAGUCCUAUAUUGGUCCUUUAUUGUUCAACACAUUUACUUAGGCUUAGUAAUAUUGCAUCCUUUGUUGGUAAAGUGUCAUAAGCCACAUGAAAAGCCAGGCACUUUCACAUGAACACACAGAGACCUAAUUAGAAAACCACCUAUACCUUAGGGGGAGUUAUUCAAACAGUAGGGAAUGCUAAUUUCUUUAACAUGGUUCCCAAGUUAAGUGCAUUCAUAUGACAGUAAAAAGGAUCAAGGCUCUUCAGGACAAGGUCUCAGUUAAGAGGAAGAACAUGUCUAUAGGAAAAGAAACAUUUAAAAAAGUUUACAUUUAUUAUGGCAGUGUUGUGAAUAAAAGUUAAAUUUUGUGUUCUUUACGGUUUCUUAUUUGUAAAGGAUAAACUUAUUAUGGAAGCAUGAUUUCUUGAACUUAAAUAGAUUUCUUGUUUUUAAUGUUCUUCUUACUUUAUAGGAUGAAGUUGAUUCUUAAAUCAUAGUGCAGUGUUUUACAAGGACAGUGGUGUCUAACAAUAGGAUAUAACUUUUAGGUUGCACUGUCUGGUUCAGUUUUUUCAGAUGUACUUUUUUUAAAUUUAAACUUUUAGAAAACAGCAGUAGAAAAAGCCCGUCACGUAUUACGGGCAAUAUGUAAAUAAAAAUAUAGUAUUUUGUCCUUGGUUUUUCAAGAAAGUUACUACUGGUCAUGCUGUUACAAGUAGUUUGUGUGCAUAUGUAAUACUUUGUAAUUAAUUAUUUAAUAUUUGACUGAUUUUAGUAACUGUGAAAAAUAAAAAUGUUGCAUUGCUUGUGAGACCUUGAACUGUUUUCUGUACUAGGUAACUGAAAAUGUGUUGACACUAAGAUGUGAACUUGAUUUUGUUGUAAAUUAUGAAGUUUAUUAUUUCACCAAGUUUGUUAAACUUUGUAAUUCAUAUUCUUAAAAUAUAACCAAACAUAAUUUUCAAACUGUGCUUAAAUAUGAUGGUAAUAUAGAUAUACUGUAGUCUUUA